AUGUUAGUAUUGAAAAACAUGUUCCUUGACAAAAUAAAACCAACUACAGAAAUAAACGACGCAAGACUGAAAGAUUGGGUAAAAGCUUUCCCAUUCACAAAAGAUAUAGUUGGUAACAUGGAAAGAAAACCAGAAUGGCUACAAAAACAUAUAUUUGGAAACGAGCAUAUUCCAUAUGGACAGGCACUGUUUGAAGAGCUUGAACCGGAAACUCAGGAAAGAGUCAUGCAAACAAUACGCGAAGACUCAAAUACAAACUAUGACAAAAUCUUUCUAGGAUAUAGGUUACCUGAGAUGGGCGACCAGAGCCCAAAGGCAAAAAGGACAUGGGAAAUUUGCAACAUACUAGAUGAACAUAAUGCAAAGAUGCAACAACUUCAAGCAGAGGGCAAUGAAGGAAAAAGAAGAGUUAAAAACUCAGUCAGGAAGAAAGUAAAGCUUGGUCGGAGUGGGUUCUAUUAUGACAUAUAA